CUUUCUCUUCUGAAGUAACUCAGCAGUGAUUCCUAGGUUGCUGGAUGUGGAAAAUGCUCAUUAGAGCAGUACUGGAUCCAUGACUGUCUUCCUGGAGAUGUGGACCUGUGUACUCUGCAGGGAGGGUUGCCACGCGUGUGACUAAUAUGUGGGGAAGGAGCCGAGUGGAGAGUGUUAUCUCUAGAUAACAGAGACCCCUCCCCCACAGCUCUGGAAAGGCUCCGGACUUGGGCAUCUCUCAUAUCAUACAGGACAUCCUCUUUUGCUUCUCAGGUGACACAAGCAACCUCAGAAAAUCCAGAAUACAGACACUUCAAACUUCUAAAACCAGUAGCAGUCAAUUGAUUGUACUGAAGUUUGGGUGAAGGUGUACAUUUGCCACUGUGGAAAAUAUUUCCCUGUUUCUGGGUGCUUCAUUUGGAAACUUCUCAGGACCAUGGGCUCAGACUUUAGCACAGUGGAGAUAGCGCAGGUCGCUUCUUGUUCCAUCUGCCAGGACCUGAUGUCUCACCCAGUGAGUAUCAACUGUGGACACACUUACUGCAAAUCCUGCAUCCAGAGCUACUAUAAUAAUGUCAGUCCAAAGAAAAGAGUGAAGAAAACGUUGGGCUGUCCUUUGUGUAGGAGUCCAUUUAGUUUAGAGACGCUCCGGCCCAACAAGGAACUGGAAAACAUAAUUGAUAUCCUCAAGGAGAUGGAAGAGCAGGAUUGUGAGAUGCUGUGUAAGGAACAUGAAGAGAAGCUUGAUAUCUUUUGUGAAGAUGAGGGUCAGCUCCUCUGCUGGCGCUGUUACUGGGAUGCUCAGCACAAAGGGCAUACCUUGGCUCUUGUGAAAGAUGUACAUCAGGAGUACACUGAAAAGCUGCAGAAGUGUGUGACAAAAUUGAGUGAACUCCAAGAGAAUCACAAAGUUCAGAUCCUAGCUAUAACAUGCCAGAUAAAUGCCUGGAAGGAUGCCAUAAAGGAUCGCAAGCAAACAAUCCAGUCUAACUUCAAGAAUCUCCAAAGAUUUCUACAUGAAGAAGAGAAGUUUUACCUUUGGAGAUUGGAGAAUGAAGAAGAACAGAUGCUGAUGAGGCUGAGGAGCAAGGAGGCCAGUCUACAGCAGAAGUUUGAGGGAAUGAAAUGCCAGAUUCAGGAACUGGAGGCAAAAUGUGAGGGCUCAGCCCAGAAAUUACUACAGGACGUGAAGAACACUUUGAGCAGGUGUGAGGCUAUGAAGAUAGAAACACUAACGGUUGAGCCCCUGGAGAUUCACACUGAAUGUAAUAUUUCUGAGCUUUACCUUGAUGUGAAGACAGUAUUAAGACGCCACCAAGUCAGUGUGAUUCUGGACCCCAGCACGGCCCAUCCUGAUCUAGCUCUGUCUAAGGAUCGAAGACAAGUAACUUACAAAGGCUGCCACAAGGACCUUCAGACUUCUGCCAAGAGGUUUUCUGUUUUACCCUGUGUCCUGGGCUGUGAGGGCUUCACUUUAGGAAAAUAUUACUUCGAAGUGUCUGUUGAGAACGCAAGUGCUUGGGAUGUGGGGGUCUGUAGAGAGAAUGUGCCGAGGGAUUUUAGCAUGAAGAAGAAGCCCGAGCUUGGAUUCUGGACCAUCAAGAUGUCUGAAGAGGAUGGCCUGAGAGCUCUCACUUCUGCCCCUACUCCCCUUCUUCUGAGUGAGAAGCUCCAGCUUGUGGGAGUUUUUCUAGACUAUGAAGCCGGAGCUGUGUCCUUUUACAAUGUAACUGCUGGCUCCCACAUCUUCACCUUCCCCAAAGCUUGUUUUAUUAGUGAUACACUGAGGCCCUUUUUCCAGGUUUAUCAACAUUCUCCUUUGUUCCUUCCUGCCUGUCAGAAAGAAUCAAAGAAGUAAAGUCCUCAUGGUUUACUUAAGUAGCACAGAAAGAGUAUUCACAAAUCCCAAAGGGCAGAAAGUUGGCUGUUCUCCACUGCUAUCUCAAUGCUUUUAAUGAACUUUCAAUAAAUAUGCCUUGAGUUGGUUUGUGGAAAGGCUAGAAAUAGUACAAAUGGCCAGAUUCAGUGAAAGGAAAGUAAAAUAAUCGUGACAAUUAUAUCUUUUCUUCUCAUUCCCUUUUGAACAAUGAUUUUUGACUUUCCUAAUGCUGUGACAUUUUAACACCUCAUGUUGUGGUGACCACCAACCAUAAAAUUAUUUUUGUUGCUACGUCAUAACUGUGAUUUUGCUACUACUAUGAAUCAUAAUGUAAUUUUUUUUUUUUUUGAGAAAGAGGUUUGCCAAGGGGGUGAUGAUCCACAGCUUGAGAACCCCUGCCUUUUGUGAGUUCAGGACUUUGAUUUUCAAUACUCUUCAGGCUGGUGUUAAAGCGAUCCCAAGGUCAAAAGUUUGGGGUGUUUACAUUUUUUUCUUUUUAUCCAUCAAGUUCCUGUGUGAGGGACGAAGAAUGGCAAUGCCUUUUAACUGAGUAAAAGGAAAAGAAAUGAAAUAGCAUUAACUCAACCAUUGUUCUUGCUGCUGCUUUGUUAAAUUUAUUUUCCAUCAGGACACCAGAGGCAAAGUUGUAUGGGUAAGACCAUUUGAUACACAGUGGCUAGCCAACUAGACCACCCCAUUUCAAAGAAGUAGAGCUCAACAUAUUAAAAUAACCCUUUCAAAAUGGAUUCAAGUACUGAGUGAUUCAAAAUAUACUGUCCCCGUGUUCAGAUGAAAACCUGGAGGUAAUUAUUGCUUUCUCUUCAUACCGGGCACACCGGUGGGGGAUGGUUUUCUAAAUUAAAUCAUUUGAAGUGGGAAGACUAACCUUUGAUUUGGGCCACAUCAUCUGUGGGAGCCUUCAUAACGGAAGAAGGAAGUCUGUCUCUCUCUCUCUCUCUCUCUCUCUCUCUCUCUGGCUGCUUGGCUUAGGUCUCUCUGGCAUGUCCAUUCUUUCAUUGUCAUUUCAACCUACUUCUUUGGGAUUUCAAUGUAUACUGAGGACCAGCUGAGACAUGCAGCUUCGCGUACUAAGUAAUACUGGAUUCUUGGACUUCCCUUUGGUAGACAGCCAUUGUUGAACUGGCUGGACCAUAGCCUAUAAGUCCCGUUAAUAAAUCCAUGCUUUAUUUCUACUCUGUAAAAGGGAUAAGGGGACUGAAAAAAAAUACUUUAUAGCAUUUUCAUCUACAAUUAAUAAUACACUUUGUAUGAAUUUUUAGGAUAUAUUUGAAGUUUCCUAGAAAACUACAUAAUAACAAUAAAAUUCUUAAAUUUUA